UUCGAUUAGAUUGCGAUGAAGGAGGAAGAGACUAGAGUCUCUGAAAUUCUUCAGUACUAUUUAGAUGGCUAUGGCAUGUCUAUAUUUGGAUGUGUGAGCCUUAUAUCAAACUUUAUCUCAGCUCUGGUUCAUCUCAAAUAUAAGGGAAGAUCAACUUUCGACAAUUUGGUGAUAAUGCUAUCGGUCAGUGACCUUUUAUUCGUUCUUGUUGCAGUCACAGAAAUGUCACUUAUUACAGUUUUCCAGUGGCCGAUACACCCGAGGCAUCCUUUGAUGUUCCUGCUAACUCCCAAGUUCUUUUAUCCAAUGAAGAACAUUCUCAGCAACCUCAGUAUGUUUUUAACCCUGUCUAUAGCUAUAGAGAGGUAUAUGGCAGUCUGCAAACCCUUAACUCACAGGGAUCUGAAAGGAACAUUCCUGGGGAGUGCUUGGAUUCAUCUCAUCGUGUCCACAAUCCUAGCGCUGGGGAUAAACGUCACAAAAUGGUUCGAAACUACUGUGAAAGAGCGUAGUUAUUUCCUCGGAGGGAAGUAUGGAGAUAGAUCUGACCCUGCUCUGUGGAAAACCAAACUGGUUUACAGAAUGACCGACAUGCGAGCCAGCCCAUACUACGUCAGUUUUGGGAUGGUUAUUCCACGCUGGGUUUUCCAAAUGUUGGCUCCUCUGAUUCUACUCACAAUAUUUAGCAUCCUCACAGGGAUUAAACUUAGAGAGUUCCUGGCUAGAUCAGAAAACAGAAAGGAGGUUCGUCCAACAUUAAUCACAGGACUCCUUAUACUAGAGUUCAUCCUACUCAAUAUACCAAGGUAUAUUCUGAUCAUCUCGGAAGCUUUACUCAACACAAAAACUCCACCAGACUGGUUCUUCUGCCUUAUGAGUGUGAACAACCUGCUCCAGAUCUUAAACACAAACAUGAACUUCUUUUUCUACGCGGUGAUGAACAAGAACUUCAGAAACGGCCUCAAAUCUCUGUUUUUCAGAAGAUGUCAAACUGAUAGCCAAGGACCAAUUGUGGAUGUUUGAAGUAUUUGAGAAGACUAGCUCAAUUUCCAGUCGGAAUAUGUUUCUUGUAUGAACAAUUGGUCCGUUCUAAAGACGUACUUUAUAGGAAUAUAGUUUGGCCGUUAGAUGUCUGUUUCACGUCGUCUGGUCGGCCAUUGUUAUAGUCUUGAGAAGAAACGUACUCUGAGCUAAAAACGUGAAAAUAAGAGAAAGCAAGAUGGCCGAAUAAAACUAGUUCCGUUAGAUUCGAGUUUGGAUUCAACACAAGGGACAGGUCGUCAUUGCAUAUGUUUUUUUUAAUUGAGCAGAGAAAUUCAUUCAUAUCACCUCAAUAUCCAGUCCUAACCCUCCCGUCCGUUAUGUUUACAGCAAAUCAAUACAAUAAAUCGUUUACCAAACGCUGAUUGAAAAAAGAUUGAUGUAUCCCUGAUACAAACUUUUCUUGACAUAUUAAAUUAACAAUAUUUUUUUUUUUUUUUUAAUUCAAUUCGG